UUUUAUAGGUAAAGUGAGAAUGUCGUAUGGCCAUAGAUGAGUCGUGUGUGUGCGCAAGAGAUCCAUUGAUUAUCAGUCAGAGAUAACAAGAUGCACUACCUCUCAGAUCAUCGUCUGUUUAUCAUCUUAAGAGAAAGAAAUUGUGAGUAGUUAAACCGAGCUAAAGUAUUAGAACCACGAAGACGAUAAGAAAAAAAAGAAGUUAAAGAGAAUCAACGAGUAAUGGGAAGAUGGUGAAGGAGUACUACGGUCACUGGCAUGGGUUCGCAAUCGCUGGAAGUAUUGAGACAAGGCGUUUGGGCGAGCUUGACAGGAGGCUGGUUUUACGAUCCACAUCUCGAUAUAUUUUCCAAUACAUUUCAUUUAUAUGUGUGGCUCUUUUUACUAUGUUUGCCCUUCACAAUUUAUCUGUUCUUUCCUCCAACGUUUUACGUUUGGUUGGCAUACUGCGCAUCUAUAGUGACGCUAUUUGGCACAAUAAAAUGUGUGAAUCAUGCGCUUCAUUGUGUUUACGAUACCAGCGAAUAUUUGGAAGAACCAGGCCCAUGUGUAAGUCAAAAGAAAUCAGAAAGCGAGAAGAAACGUGCGUCUCGUAGUAAAUGUCAUGAGCGGUGUUUAGAUCAAGCAGAUCUUGGCAUUGAAUUACAAGUAUUAAAUGGAAAAACUGAUACACCACCCGUAGAAUGUUCCUCAAGAAAUUCAUACAUCGAACCAAGUGCAGAUGCUGAUAGCAUAACUUCAGAAUAUAAUCGUGAUAAACUGAGUUCAACGAUAGAUUUAAAAGUUGAAAUUCAUCGAAAAAAUAGUUCCGAAAGUUCUGAAGAAGCACAGCAAUUAAAUAAACAAACAGCAACAGCUAUAAACGUACAUGAAGCUGAAUUAGCUACAGCUCAAGAGCAUGAACCAAGACUGAAAAUUAAAAUUGACGAUUGGCGAUUAACACAUCAAACUUGUAGACUUAAAAUAAAAGAUCGUCCUGGAGCACGAAAACUUUGUAGACAUGCAUCAGAAGAUUCUCAGAGUCGUCAUGCAAAUCAAGGAACAUUAGGAAAGACAGGCUCUGAAAGUCGUAUUAAACAAACAAGUUCUUUAGAACUAGAACAGCAUGGUGAGGAUUUUCCAUAUUGGAAAUCCAAUCAAAGUGUUCGGAGACUCGCUUCCAAUUCUACACCAAUGGAAACUCAUCUGAAUACAGAUCAUCCGCAAAGUUUAGAAACUAUCUCAAAGAAAAAAGAUUUGGAUAAAAUUAAAAUGCCAUCACAUCCUCAAUCAUUAGAAGUUAUUGCCAAAAAACUCCAUCAACAAUUGGUGCAUCCUCAAAGUUUAGAGACGAUCGGUGCAGCUGGUAAAAAUACUGGAUCUUCAGAUGACAAUAAUUUACCACUUCAUCCGCAAAGUUUAGAAACGAUCAAUACAAAAAAGAUUUUACCACAAAAUACAUUAAAGCGUAAUCAACUAAUAUUAUUACCUUAUCUAAGCUAUGGAUCUGAGAUAGUUCAUCCAAUAGCUGAACAAAGUGACGAGCAAUUUGCUAAUGAAAGUGCAGGUGGAUAUUGUCAUCGUGAUUCAUAUAAUCCCUUGUUAACAAGAAAAACUGUAGGCGACUCUAGUACCUGUUCUAAUCGUGAUCGAAGUUUAAGUGCUGGAGGUUUUGAUAAUAGAUUUUCUAGAUUCAAUGGGGAUGUAGUAGCCAUAGACAAUGAUUCAGCUAAUUCUCGAGAAGCACUUUUAGAGGAAGGAAUGUCAACAUUCAAAAGACGAUUUAGCAAUGCAAGUGCCAGUAGCCAUGAACUUUCUGAUAAUGAAAGACGAAAAGAAGCACCAGAAAAUGGUAAAAAAGCUGACGAUCCAUUAAAUACUGGUAGUAUUGUUGGAAUUGAUUGGUUGUUUGAAAAUGGAGAUUGUCCUGCUGAAUCUUGGACAAACAAAAAUUAUCACUCAAAAGAGCCGGAUUCCGAGUCUUCAAGUACAACAACAUUAAGUAUUGAUAAUGAAAUAAGAAAAACUCUUCUCCCAAGUUCGAAUGCAACAGACAACAAACGUCAUCAAGGUGCAAUUCCAAAGCAAAACCGUCCAAAAGCAUGUACAGAUGUAUUAAACAAUGUCAACUGUUUGUCUGAAGCUACUACAAGUAAAUCACGAAAAACACUGGAAUCUCGUAGAGAUCGUGAUAGAAAACAAUUAAAUGAAUGUAACCAAUUUGAACAAACUAGCUCAAACAACGAAUUAAGUACACUUCUUGCUAAUCAAGCACCUCCUUCACUCCCUAUUUUGUUAAAAUCUGAUGCUCGAACUAGUGGAUCAAUUGUUCCUAAUUCUACUGGAACUGUCAGGCUUACUGCACCUAAUAUUUCAAAGGGAAAUCAUCCACCAAGAAAAUUAAAACGUCAACGAGUAUGUAGAAGAACUAGACGUGAUGAAAAUUUAGAAGUUUUAACAGCACUUGAAGGAUUGAUAUCAAAUGGAGACUAUCAUCUAGCUACAAAUCAUAAUGAUACAAGUGAAGGUGCAAUUCAUUACUUUCGUGAUGAUAAUGGAAGAUGGCUUACCUACACAUUUGAUGAAAAGAGUUCAGGAGUAGCAACAACAGCAUCAAUUCUACCUAGUUCAAAUGAUAAAUUCUUGAAUUCCUUAUUACUACAUCAACGCAGUCAAAAUGGUCUUCUCGAUCCACAUUGUUUGGGCGAUUCUCUUAGCAAUAGUUACAGCAGUCUCUCUUUGAAUUCUGCGGGGUUAACAUUAAUCAUUGAUACUCCUCCAGUAUUAUCUAGUCCUGCUGCAAAUAAUCAAACAAAAACUCAAAAUUCUUUACCAGCAAAUAUGGUUUCAACCAACAUUAGAACCUCCAAUGUAUUUGAUCCAGGUAUGCUUUUUGAAAGAGAUUUUUUCUUUCGAAUGAGAACUACUCGUAACUGUCGAAUUCAUCAUUUACUUGAAAAUAUUAAUGUUAAUUCUCAACCAGCAGAGAAUCAGAACCAAAUGUCGGUUCUGCCACUACCGAAUCACCAAGAAUCCGAUAUGAACAACAGUUUAUCAUGGAACAGAUUCAUCGACGGAUUGGAUGGCUCAAAUGAUUCUAAAUCUAAACCUACGAGACAUUAUUACAAAUGGAAAAUUGGAAAGCUUCCUCAUAUAAAAGUUCGAUUUGAUCGGCUUUCAUUACUUGCUCUGUUAGAUAGAAAUUUAACUAUCAUAGAGACGAUAAUAUCAACAUUUUUAGCAGUAGCAGUAGCUGGUCUGGGCCUCUUAUUACUGCAACAAGGAUUUUAUCGUGAUAUUUUUGCUUUUCUCUUCUGUUUUGUUACGGCUGGAUGUCAGUACUCACUAUUAAAAUCAGUUCAACCUGAUGCAGCAUCACCAACACAUGGAUUCAACCGAAUUAUUGUCUUUUCUCGACCAGUUUAUUUCAUUAUCGUCUCAAGUAUCAUCCUUAUUCUCAAUGAAUCUUUGCACAACUUUAAGAAUUCAGAUUUUCGAGUCUACGGUCUACGAGUGGCUGACUAUGACACAAUAAGUCAAGUGAGAAAUGUGUUGUUAAUAUUUUUACUAAUGUUUCCCAUUAUUUUUUCUCUUGGACUUUUUCCCCAGAUUAAUACGUUUCUUAUGUAUAUCUGUGAACACUUGGAUAUUCAUAUAUUUGGAGGAACAGCAACAACAUCAUUAGUUUCAUCGAUUUAUAGUUUAUCGAGAAGUGUUAUAACUGUAGCAAUUCUCUACGGUUUUGCUUACGGAGCUUUAACAGAACCAAAAUCUUCCCAACACAUACUUUUUUCUAUAUUCGCUGGAUUACUUGUAUCUAUUUCUUAUCACUUGAGUAGAUCCUCAUCAGAUCCUUCAGUUAUUUGGGACAUUGUAAAGACAAAUUUGUGGCCACCAGAAAUGUACCUUGAAGAAAUGGAGGCAAAAGUUAUCGAGAAUACAUCAAGACAAGAUACAUCAACAACGAUCUACAAAGAUACUAAAGUAAAACCAUCCGGACGAAAAAAAGAUGUUAAAAUAAAAAUUGGAGAACAAAUUUCUGAUGCAGAAUUAGUGGAUCCACUACCACAAAAAUUGAGAUCAACUGUCAAAGCUAGAUUAAAAAAUGAUUUAAUAGUUUGUAUUGUUAUUGGUGUUCUAUCAUUUACUAUUCAUUGUUCGACAGUUUUCACGACUCUUCAACCAGAAUUAAAUCCUGUAUUAUGGGGAAUCGUCAGCUGUUUAGGAUUUCUAUUGCAUUAUAUUGUGCCGCAACUAAGAAAACAACUUCCGUGGUUAUGUCUAGCAAGACCAGUGUUAAGGAGUCAUGAACAUGCUCAAUUCGAAGUUCGUGAGCCUGUAAAAAUUAUGUGGUAUGAAAAAGUUUAUGUUUGUUUAUGUUUUAUAGAAAGGAACAUACUUUACCCACUUGUCUUCCUCGGCGCUCUAACUGAGUGUUCAUCGAAAAUCGUUGAAAAAUUCGGUGAAAGUGUCGGUGCAUUAAUAAUUGUUAUUUGUGGACUAAAAUCAUUACGAUCUGCUUAUGCAGAUCCAUCAUCUCGUUAUUUAGUGUUAGUGUUUUCAGUACUAUUUUUUAGAAUUGACUAUAAAAAUUUAAGUGAAACGUUUCUCGUUGAUUAUUUUAUAGCUGGAAUUAUUUUUGCAAAAGUCUAUGAACUUUUGUUAAAAAUUCGUUUCAUAGUAACGUAUAUAGCUCCAUGGCAAGUAACAUGGGGAAGUGCAUUUCAUGCAUUUGCACAACCAUUUUCAGUUCCUCAUUCAGCAAUGCUUUUUCUUCAAGCUACGAUCUCAGCAAUUCUCAGUACUCCACUUAACCCAUUGCUUGGAAGUGCGAUAUUCAUUUGCUCAUACGUGAGACCAAUUAAAUUUUGGGAGCGUGACUACAAAACUCGUAGAGUUGAUAAUUCAAACACAAGAAUGUCAUCACAUUUAGAACGAAAUCUUGGAGCUGAUGAUAAUAAUCUAAAUUCAAUUUUUUACGAACAAUUAACUCGAUCUCUUCAGCACAGUCUUUAUGGAGAUUUAGCUCUUGGACGAUGGGGUAACGUAGAACAAGGAGACUGUUUUCUUCUAGCUUCAGACUAUCUUAAUUGUCUUGUUCACGUUGUUCAACUUGCUAACGGAUUAGUAACUUUUCAAUUACGUGGUCUAGAGUUCAAAGGAACAUAUUGUCAACAAAGAGAAGUAGAAGCAAUUACAGAAAACAUUGAAGAAAACGAUAAUUGUUGUUGCUGUGAAAUGGGUCAUUUCUCCAAUGUCUUAAGUAUGAAUGCAGCCUUUGGACAACGAUGGUUAGCUUGGGAAGUAGCCAGUGCUAAAUAUGUUCUUGAAGGAUAUUCGAUAUCCGACAAUUCUGCUGGAUCUAUGUUACAGGUUUUUGAUUUUCGUAAAGUUCUUCUCACUUAUUAUGUAAAAAGUAUAGUUUUUUAUGUAAUUAAAUCACCGAAAUUAAAACAAUGGUUAGACAAUACAGACAUUACUGAUGCUCUAAAGCCAACACUUGAGAAAAACUUUGUUGAUUUAGAUCCCGUCUUUAAUAUGAACGUCGAUGAAGAUUUUGAUUUUCGUGCCAGUGGUAUAUCAAGAAGUAGUUUUUGCAAUGUAUACCUUGAUUGGAUUCAAUUUUGUGCUGUGAAAGUUGAUAAAACUCUUGAAAGAACUCGUGACUCUCCUCUUGUGUCUUUAUGUCUUGCAUUGAGUCUUUUAGGGAGACGAGUCCUUGGAGCCGCGUCUCAUACCACAGUUUCAAGUGUGGAAUUUUUUCUUUAUGGAUUACAUGCUCUAUUUAAAGGAGACUUUAGAAUUACAUCAGUGCGUGAUGAAUGGGUGUUACAUGAUGUAGAUUUACUUCGCAGUGUUGUUGCAAAAGGAGUAAGAAUGGCGCUAAAACUUCAUCAGGAUCAUUUUAUGAGCCCAGAACAAUAUGAAGAUGUUUCCGCUUUAUUUGAAGCUAUUGAUAAUCAUGAUCGACAUCUUGUGAUUAGUCAUGAAGCAGAUCCUUUGUGGAGAAAUGCCAUUUUAAAUGGAGCAACAAGUUUAUUAGCUUUGAGACAUGUUGUAGAUGAAGGUGUUAAUGAUUAUAAAAUAAUUAUGUUAAACAAACGUUUUUUAAGCUUUCGUGUAAUAAAAAUGAAUCGAGAAUGUGUCCGCGGACUAUGGGCUGGACAACAACAAGAGUUAAUCUACUUAAGAAAUCGCAAUGCGGAAAGAGGAUCAAUACAAAAUGCAAAACAAGCCUUAAGAAAUAUUAUUAAUAGUUCUUGUGAUCAACCUAUUGGAUACCCAAUUUAUGUUUCACCUCUUACUACUAGUUAUGCUGAAAGUAAUGAACAACUGUGUUCUAUUAUUGGAGGACCACUUAGUUUAAAUACCAUCAAAGAUAAUGUUCUUAAGUUGUGGAGAAAAGUUAGAAGACGAUGUGGUCAGGGAUGCUCUUCAGGAGGAACUGGAUCUCAAGAUGAUGGGGGUUUUGGUAAUGAUGGAGUUUAUGCUAUGACUACUUACAAUAUUCAUUCAGGAUACAGCCAAUCAGGUCAUAACACCUCUGGGUCUCAAUCUAUGGAUUCUGGAUGUCAAAUUGGAGGAUCAGCAGGUCGUGGGUCAUUAGGAAGAGCUAAUACUGGCUCUUUAGGAGGUAAUAGAGGUUCUUUGGCGUCAGUUGGUAAACCAACAAGUUCAACAUUAGCAAGUCUUGCUGGGUUACUGAGUAAUAAUGACAUCAAAACAGAAUCUAAAUGUGAAACAAGUUUUUCUGGAAAAGUAGAUAAAGAAGAAAUAUCUCAGCGUGUAAGAAUAAUGGAUCCAAAUCAAGUUUAUGAUGCCAUUAAUCUUGGAAGACGUAUUGAUGUUAUUUGGCCCGAUGAGAAGAUGAGACAACAAGGUGGUAGAACUGGUUGGCAACAUUGGGUGCCUGAAAGAGGAAUGGAAGGCUGUGUUGUACAUCGAUGGUUCCCUAAUCAUCGUGAUCCUAAUCGUCGUUCUCAUGUCGAUAAAGUUAUACUUCUUGUAAAAAUUGAUGAUAAAUAUGUCCCGAUAGCAGAGCAAGGUGUAAGAGACUUAGGUGCGGAAGUUUAGAAUCAUUUUUAAAGAGUGUAUUGUUUAUCUAAUAUUCUUUUUACCUUUGAUGAGGUCAUGUACAGAAAGUUUUGUGAUGAUUAUUCGUGAAAAACGUUGUUAAAGUGCAACGUCUCAAGCGUUUUACGAGAUUACAGCACAUCGAAAGCUGUUCUCGAUGUUAUACCAAACAUAUUGUACUAUAUUGUGUAUUAUAAUAUUUAUGUUAUUAGAAAUGAAUGGAAUUUCAUAUUGAGAUUGUUACUAAACGAUAUAAAAACGUCUUUGUAAAUAAUUGAAAUUUUUCUAUCAUCGUCAUUAUGUUUAAGGCGAAGAAAAGAAAAAAAAAUAUUUUUCUUAAGAAAAUAUGAAAAUAUGACGAUCAUAGGAAUUAUUGAUUGAAAAAAAAGAAUUAAAAUCGAACGCGAUUAUCAAUUUGUAAAUAACGUUAUUCGUGUUUUUCUACAUUUUGUUACAUUUUUUUUAAAAAGGACUAUGCAUUAAAAAUAAGCUGUAAAUAGCCAAAUACUUAUGUAAACAAUUAAAGAGGUUAAUAUAGUAUCUAAAUUAUAUAUGUUGAUGGGAGCAAUCGCUCAAGAAAUAAUUGACAAAACCUUCUAACGAAAGAAGGACAUAUCUAUCAUACCAGACGCUUAUACAUUAAUUUCAUUAUAAGUUAAAAUCAUUAUCAUUAUUAUAGUAAUCAAAUACCAAUUGAAUUUUUAUUAAUGAUUACAAAUUACAAUCAUCAUUGUGUUUUUAUGGGGCCGAAUCAAAUCUAAAUAAUCCAUUUAUUAAAAAUAUUUUUGUUGGCUUUUUUAUAUCACUUUGACAAUAGUUCAAUUGCAUUGUUAUUUUUCUGUUUACUUAAUUUUUAAUUUACAUAUCCACUGAUUAUUAUAUAGAUAAUUGUAAGGGCCGUUUGUUCGUUAUUUACGGCAAUGAUUAUCCGUUUAUUUAUAUAUAUAAUCAGUGAAUCACAAUAUUGCCUUAUCAUGGUGUUUUAAAUAACACCUGACUGAUGAUAAAAACAAAAAAACUUAGCUAGUCUUUAAAUUACUGGCAAGAACACUUUAAAAGCCAGUUUUAAGGUAUUCUGAGACAAAUUGUUGCUGCAUUUUUUUAAUUAACAGGGAGACACAGUCAAGUGGCCAAACAAUCAUGGUUACUCGGUCGGCCUAUUCUCUCCUGUAUGAUUAUGUAUGUUUCUAAAUAAUACAAAAUGAAUAAAAAUACUUAUAGUGAAUGUGACAUAAAUAAAAAGACUUAACUAUUAAAAA